AUGCAGGCAGCGAUCUCGGAAUCCAGCCCACAAAAAGCUGGGAGACGCGUGCUCGGCGAGAAGACAGCCAACGCGUCGUUAACGCCAGCUACGAAGAGAAUCGCCGACGCAAACUCACAGAAAUUUCCGACAACAGCGAUUCCAUUCAAUGCAUCAAUCAACAAAUUAUCGCCGCCAAAGACCCGAGACGUCUCGUCGGAUGCUCGUCACGCCGGACAGAAGCGUUCAAUAAAUCAAGUGGUAGAGGACAUCAAGGAGGCCGAGUCUGAACCUCGGAAAGUGUUGAUGACCUCUCAAACAGAGGGAGAGAGGGAAUUUGAGAUAUUUGAUGAUGUUAACAACACACAGUCUCGCCAAAGACAGACAAUCAAGGUACCGACUUCACAACAGACAGAAGAGGGAAGUCCUCGCGAUAAUCUAGUAUCCAAUCCGGACACUUCAAAAGAAGAAUGCCUGAGCAGGGUUCCUACAGAACCUGCAGCUCGUAAAUUAUUCAUUCAGCAGAGAGCUGCCUUGGCUAGAAGUAGACUGCAGUCCGCCAUGCGUCGCGUCGGAGACAAGUCUCUCGAUCGCGCCCUCUCUCAAUUCGAGGCCAACAGUCGCCCAUUCCUAAGAACCUUAUCCUCCUCAUCCUCCGCGUCAACUCCUCGCCAACAGCCACAAGAGCAAAUAUCUCAAAAGAUAUCCCCAACAAAGCAACAACGGGUACUAUUGCCACCUCUUCCCCUUCAACCACGAUCCAGACCUGUUCGGUCCUCUGCACAGACCACGGCAGCUUCACCCUCGUCUAAACCCUUAAGUAUAGUCAAUCUUCCAGAGACGGAUGAUGAAGCGGAGGCAUCUGACGAGCCAAAUGAAGACGAUGAUAAUGACAAAACGCCCAGACAAAGUGACAUUGGACAACAAGAGAAUGUUGUUGAGUCUCACGACCUGGGGAUUACUAUGAGUCAGGAGAGUGAUUCUGUGAUGGACAAACUCAUCAAGUGGACCCAAUCAUCGACAGACUCGAUACAUGCAGAGGCAUAG